GCCACAAGCACUCAAGAAAAGAACUAAAAGAAGAGCAAUGGGUGAUGUUGAGGAAACUUCGUGUAGGCUUUGCCUUAAAUCUAUAACCGAUAAAAGUUUUGAAGUGGUAGACAACGUUAUAAGAGUCAUUCUAGAUAUUCUUUUGCUGAAAUUGAAAUUUGAUAACGAGAGCAAAGAGGUUAUAUGUAACGUUUGCAGAAAAAAGUUAAAUGCCGCUUCAGAAUUUAAGUCAACAUGUCUGAAUACCGAUAAGGCAAUUAUUCCUUAUGUGGAUAGCAAGAAAAUGUUACAGCUUGACUUAAGAGAAGUGUACAUGCAUGAAAAGAAAAACGAAUUAGUUGAAAUUUCUUGCAGUCAGAAAGUAUGUCGAUUGUGUAUGCACCCAGUAGAAAGUGAGUUUAGGUGCAUACGUGAAGUGGAACUUGAAGCUAUUGAGAAAUUGGCUCCUGAAAUGAACAUGAAUAUCAUCAAAGAUCCCGUUGUAUGUAAGCCAUGCUUUGAUUCUCUGUGUACUCACAACAGUUUCCUAAAAGAUUGCUUAGAGGUAGAGGAAAAAAUUAAUAGUAUUUUUGAUUCUUCAGCCACAGAAAAUCAAGUAGAUACGUCUUCACUUGAUUUAUUGGUUAAGACUGAAAACUUGGAAGAAGAAUUUGAUAUUAACGAGAUGGAAAUGCCAAUCAAAAUUGAAGGUAUCGACAUAAAAUUGGAAGAUGAGGAAAGGAGAGCAAUGGGUGAUGUUGAGGAAAUUUCGUGUAGGCUUUGCCUUACAUCUAUAACUGAUAAAAGUUUUGAAGUGGUAGACAACGUUAUAAGAGUCAUUCUAGAUAUUCUUUUGUUGAAAUUGAAAUUUGAUAACGAGAGCAAAGAGGUUAUAUGUAACGUUUGCAGAAGAAAGUUAGUUGCCGCUUCAGAAUUUAAGUCAACAUGUCUGAAUACUGAUAAGGCAAUUAUUCCUUAUGUGGAUAGCGAGAAAAUGUUACAGCUUGACUUAAGAGAAGUGUACAUGCAUGAAAAGAAAAACGAGUUAGUUGAAAUUUCUUGCAGUCGGAAAGUAUGUCGAUUGUGUAUGGAGCCAGUAGAAAGUGAGUUUAGGUGCAUACGUGAAGUGGAACUUGAAGCUAUUGAGAAAUUGGCUCCUGAAAUGAACAUGAAUAUCAUCAAAGAUCCCGUUGUAUGUAAGCCAUGCUUUGAUUCUCUGUGUACUCACAACAGUUUCCUAAAAGAUUGCUUAGAGGUAGAGGAAAAAAUUAAUAGUAUUUUUGAUUCUUCAGCCACAGAAAAUCAAGUAGAUACGUCUUCACUUGAUUUAUUGGUUAAGACUGAAAACUUGGAAGAAGAAUUUGAUAUUAACGAGAUGGAAAUGCCAAUCAAAAUUGAAGGUAUCGACAUAAAAUUGGAAGAUGAGGAAAGGAGCGACACUCAACUUCAGAGUUCCGAUAUCGUAACAUUCGAGCACAGUGUAUGUAAAAAUGAAGAAGAGGAGGGAUGUAAACAUGAGAAUGGAGCAGAAAUUACAACCAAGCAAGAGUGUAAAGUAUUGUACAAAUGUGAUAAAUGCAUUUAUGAAACUGAAAGUGAGAUCUGCUUUACAGCACACUCUGCGAGACACGACAAUGAUUUGGAAUUGUAUAAAUGUGAAUCGUGUGAGUAUAAAGCUGAAAAUGAGAAAUUACUUCAGAGGCACCUGUUGAAUCAUGAAGGUCCAUCUCAGAUGCGCUACCACUGCCAUCAGUGCCAACUGCCAAUGCAGUCAUUGUCAUUUAAGAUUAUAAGAGGGUUAGUAGUAACGACUGACAGCUUUGUGCUUUGCAUUUUUGUCUCUGCGUUCUGUUUAUAUUUAAAAGAAGAUUGUUGCAGAGUAAUGACUGAUGUUAAGGAAAUGUCGUGUAGGCUUUGCCUUAAAAAUAUAACCGAUGAAAGUUUUGAAGUGAUAAACGACAUUAUCAGAGACAUUCUAGAUGGUCUUUUGCUAAAAUUGAAAUUUGAUGAUGAGAGCAAAGAGGUUAUAUGUAACGCCUGCAGAAGAAAGUUAAAUGCGGCUUCAGAAUUUAAGUCGACGUGUUUGAAUACCGACAAUAUAAUUAUUCCAUAUGUGGAUAGCGAAAAAAUGUUACAGCUCGACCUAAGGGAAGUGUACAUGCAGGAAAAGAAAAGCAACUCGACCUAA